UCCAAGUAUACCACGUUCUACACCACCCCUCUGUCUAAGUAUACCACAUCCACUGCCACCCCUCUGUCCAAUUAUACCACGUCCACAGCCACCUCUCUGUCCAAGUAUAACACAUCCACCAUCACCCCUCUGUUCCAAGUAUACCACGUCCUCAGCUCCCCCUCUGUCCAAGUAUACCACAUCCACUGCCACCCCUCUGUCCAAGUAUACCACAGUCCACAGCCCACCCCCCUGUCCAAGAAUAUCACAUCC